CAUUGAUUUUGAAAGAUCGAGGAAGAAGCGAACAAUGUGGAGCUCAAGAAUGAGGUUGAUGCUUGGUGUUGGAGCCAUUGCUCUGAUCCUUCUUCUCUCAUCGGCUUCAGCGGACGACGUCGUUGUGCUCACAGAGAACACAUUCGAAAAUGAGGUCGGCAAGGAUCGCGGUGCUCUCGUUGAGUUUUACGCUCCCUGGUGUGGACACUGUAAAAAGCUUGCCCCAGAAUAUGAACAGCUCGGAGCUAGUUUUAAGAAAACUAAUUCCGUUUUGAUUGGGAAGGUGGAUUGUGAUGAACAUAAGAGUGUUUGUAGUAAAUAUGGGGUUUCUGGUUACCCUACAAUUAAGUGGUUUCCUAAGGGAUCUCUUGAGCCAAGGAAAUAUGAAGGUGCACGUACUGCGGAAGCCCUUGCUGCGUUUGUGAACAUGGAAGCAGGCACCAAUGUGAAGAUAGUUUCUGUUCCAUCCAGUGUGGUAAUUCUCUCUCAAGAUAACUUUGAUGAGAUUGUCUUGGACGAAACAAAAGAUGUUCUGGUGGAAUUCUAUGCACCAUGGUGUGGUCAUUGCAAGGCCCUUGCCCCUAUUUAUGAAAAGGUUGCUGCAGCAUUUAAACUAGAGGAAGAAGUUGUUAUAGCCAACGUUGAUGCUGACAAGUAUAAGGAUUUGGCUGAGAAAUACGGCGUUAGUGGCUACCCCACACUGAAGUUUUUUCCAACGAGAAAUAAAGCUGGUGAAGAUUAUGAUGGUGGCCGCGAUUUGGGUGAUUUUGUAGCCUUCAUCAACGAGAAAUGUGGUACAUACCGUGAUGGGAAGGGGCAACUUACUUCUAAAGCUGGUGUGAUUGCUUCUCUGGAUGACUUGGUGAAGGAGUUUGUGAGUGCUGAUGACAAUGAGAAGAGGACAGUAUUUUCCCGGCUUGAGGAGGAAGUUAAGAAGCUUAAAGGUUCUGCUGCAAGACAUGGCAGUCUCUACUUAAAACUUGCUAAGAACAGUAUGGAAAAGGGUGCAGACUAUGCAAAGAAUGAAAUUCAACGUCUUGAGCGCAUGCUUGAGAAGUCAAUCAGCCCAGCAAAAGCUGAUGAAUUCACCCUUAAAAAGAACAUCUUAUCUAUCUUUGGUUGAUUUUACUGUGGUAGAAGAGUCAUUUCUUUCAGUUCUGCGGGCAGAUAUAUAAUUUGUAAUUCCCGAGUUUCUUGGUGUUAUCACCUUGGUUUUCAUGAUGACCAUGUCCUCUAAAUAUGUAGUCUUUUUAGGCACAUUUUUGCAGUGUUGAUGUACUACGUUGUAAAAUUAAAUGAAAAGAUAGGCUUAACAUCUGAGAAAUCAUAUUCUAAACCUGUUAAAUUCAGGCUCAGUUUUAUAAUAUGAAGAUUGUUUUACCUUUUU